AUGGGCUCCGUGCUGCCCGGCUCCUCUCUGGGCCUGAAGCCGGGCUUCAAGCCUUCGCUGUCCCUCGCGGACAUCAUCACCUCGGACAUCCUGCACAGCUUCCUGUACGGCCGCUGGAGGCACGUGCUGGGCGAGCAGCAGCACCACCCGCACCAGCAUCACCUGCAGCACGAGGACCGCACCGCCCCGAGCGCGAGCCCCAAGACCGCGUUCACCGCCGAGGUGCUCGCGCAGUCCUUCUCCGGAGAGGUGCAGAAGCUGUCCAGCCUGGUUUUACCCAGUGAGGUGAUCAUCGCUCAGAGCUCAGUCCCAGGAGAAGGUCUGGGCAUUUUCUCUAAAACCUGGAUCAAAGCGGGGACAGAGAUGGGUCCGUUCACCGGACGCCUGGUCUCACCUGAACACAUCGACCUGUACAAGAACAACAACCUGAUGUGGGAGGUGUUUAAUGAGGACGGCACCGUCAGGUAUUUUAUUGAUGCGAGUCAGGAGGAUCAGAGGAGCUGGAUGACGUACAUCAAGUGUGCGAGGAACGAGCAGGAGCAGAACCUCGAGGUGGUCCAGAUCGGCAGCAGCAUCUUCUACAAGGCGGUGGAGACCAUCCCCCCUGACCAGGAGCUGCUCGUCUGGUACGGAAACUCUCACAACACAUUCCUGGGAAUCCCUGGAAUUCCUGGAGGAGAGGACGAACAGAGCAAGAAGACCAAGAGCGAUGAUUUCCACACCUGUGAAAGCUCCACCUCCACGACCUCCACCUCUUCCACCAGUCUGGGGCGCAUGCGAUGUGUUAUCUGCCACCGCGGCUUCAACUCUCGCAGCAACCUUCGCUCCCACAUGCGCAUCCACACUCUGGACAAGCCGUUCGUCUGCCGCUUCUGCAACCGUCGCUUCAGCCAGUCGUCCACGCUGAGGAACCACGUCCGGCUGCACACCGGAGAGCGCCCUUACAAGUGCCACGUCUGCCAGUCGGCGUACUCGCAGCUGGCUGGUUUGCGGGCGCACCAGAAGAGCGCCAGGCACCGCCCCACGGGGGACAGCGCCGCACCAGGAGGAGGUGUACUGGUGGUGGGAGGAGGAGGAGGCGGAGUGCACUCGACGCACUCGCCGCCUCCUCCUCACCCUCCCCAGCUGACCGCCGUGCCUCACCCAGCGUCGCUGGUUCACCACAUACCCACCAUGGUGCUGUGA